UGACAAAUCUUUUUGACAUGAAUUAAAAUAAAUCAGUAGUCAUGCUAAUAACGUAAUCUGUGUGCGAAGUGCAUUGGUUUUUGACAACAUCAAGUUCAGAACACAGUUCAAAAUGUCGUGUUAUUAUCGCCAACAUGAAGAAACGUCUGUGACGAUUCCGAAAUAUUCCGUCGAGAGCUCAGCAGGGAUCACAUAUUAUGACAUCAAGGUGCGGGUAGCAAAUGUUGAAUGGUUUGUGGAGAGACGUUAUCGGGAUUUCUCUCAACUGCAUGAGAAACUUGUUGAUGAGGUUUCCAUCAGCAAAAAACUGCUGCCGCCAAAGAAGCUAGUGGGCAAUAAACAGCCCGCAUUUUUGGAGCAGCGACGAGAGCAACUGGAAACGUAUUUGCAGGAGUUACUCAUUUAUUUUCGCAAUGAAUUGCCACGUUUGCUGGCUGAAUUCUUGGAUUUUAAUAAAUAUGACAUCAUAUAUCUGCUGCAGGAUUUGGCCAAACUGUUCAAUGAAAGCGGCGAUGCACUCCUAAGUGCCAAAAAAGAGUACAACUUAUCGGCCCUAGAGGUUUUUGCCAUUAGUGAACGCCUUGCUUUGCCCUGCCCGCCCAGUAAUGAGCAAGGAGGCAAAUUUGACUUCUCACAUGUGCUGGACUUUUGCACACAGCUGGCAGCGCUCGUUGUUAGUCCCGUCAAGGAUAAUACCAGCUUUGUACAGGACUACAAUACGGUGGAUGUGCCAAUUGGUCGAAGCAAUAUCAUUCCGAAUCGCUUAAGCUUCAAUUUAAAUGCAUUCCGUAAUCUCAAAACGCUCAAAUUUUCCGCGCUCUCAACGGAAAACAUCGUGGACAUUGAGCUGCUUAAGCCAACCUUGCAAACGAUUUGUGUCCACAAUACAACAAUUACACAUAUCAAUCAAGUAUUGUUGUGCGACAAUCUGCACAAGGCUUGUGAUGUGCCCAGCAUUCUGCCAGAUCAUUUAACAACAUCCUCGAAUGGCGAGGACGAACUGCUCACUACAGAUGCCUGGAAUGAGCUAAGCGAACUGGAUUUGACUGGCAAUCUGCUAACACAAAUCGAUAGCAGUGUUCGAACAGCACCCAAACUACGUCGUCUUGUGCUCGAACAAAAUCGCAUACGAAACGUUCAGAAUCUCGCAGAGCUUCCGCAUCUACAGAUGCUCUCGUUGUCAGGCAAUUUGAUAGCUGAAUGCAUCGACUGGCACCUGACCAUGGGCAAUUUGGUCACUCUCAAGCUCUCGCAGAACAAAAUCAAAUCACUAAGCGGAUUGCGCAAGCUACUUUCGUUAGUUAAUCUGGAUUUGAGCUGCAAUCUUAUCGAGCAGUUGGAUGAAGUUGAUCACGUUGCCAAUCUUCCGCUUUUAGAGACCCUGCGGCUUACUGGAAAUCCGCUUGCAGGUAGUGUGGAUUAUCGCCCGCGUGUCCUUGCGCGUUUCCAUGAGCGCGCUGCUGAAAUCUCAUUGGACAACGAACCCGGCACUCAACAAGAAAUGGACACAGCUCUGGUAUUGUCCGCACUGUUGAAAUCGAAGCAACGACAACAACAAAAAUGACCAAUAACCUUAGGACUAAAGAUCACAAAAACCUUGUU